AUGGAGCCUCAGAUAGUACCAUUGUUGAAGCUUACACCGUUAGAUAACCCUCCGAAGUUCCUAAUACCUCUACAGUCUGCUGGAAAGUUUGUUAAGAAGUUAAGGGAGUCCGAGGCCAAUGUUGUGGACUCGCAGGCCAAUCGUUCCGGUUCUGAUGAGGACCAGAGAGCAUUACAAGCUGGUCUGUUAUAUCUGGCUCUUACUGAGCCAGAUCCUAGGCAUUCGUUUUGUACGGAUAUUGUAUUGACCUCUCGUGACAACUUAACUUAUGUCCUGUCAGAAAUGACUCGCUUGGUUGCGGAAACGUGGCCAAAAAUGACCCAAAGUGUUCGAUGCAACCUUAUAUCAUUGCUGGGGGAGUUUAUAUCGACGAAGACUGCCAGUGUUGAGGUGUUGAUGCUCCACGUGUAUCGAAGAAUGACAACUGGUGAUAUUUCUCCUCAAAACCUGUGGCUCAUAGACAGCAUGGCGGAUCUUCUGGAAAAAAACAAAGAUUGGCUAGGGAGUUUGGAAAGACAACCGUUUUUGCUUCCCCUAACUGUAUAUACCUUACUCCGGCUUAUCCCAGAUCAUCAUUUAUCUCCUCAACAGGCUACACUAGUCACUUCAAAUCCUUCUGUCCAUCUGUCCAAGUUACGACAGAAAGAAUUGGUUUUGGUUGAAGAGCUUGUUCGGAAGAAUUUUGACCGUUGCGCCCAAAUUGGCCGUGAUUUCAUUCGUCUCCUACAUGGCGUCGCACGUCUGGAACCUAUGAAGCGUUUGUGGGAUGAUAUACUACAAAAUAUUUCUUCUUUGUCGUCUCAUUUUUCAAGUCCCGCUGAAAUUUUGGAAAUCACCACACCUCAGUGUUUUACACAGACCCUUAUACCACAUGAAAUGGAACAGUGGGUUCGUUGGAUGAUGAAAAAUGUUCAUUGUGUUCCGAGAGUUCCUGUUCAUCGUUAUCAAGACUUUUUCCAAAGGAAAUUCUUUUCAACUCCAGAAAGUCAGAGUCUUCGUGUGUGCCUUUUGCGUUACGUUGUGACUUACUUUUAUCCUGAUAAUGAAAUGUUAGCCUCCACCUUAAUACCACGAUGGAAUGUGGUUUCUUGGAUUCUUUCUCAAUCUACAUGUCCUGUUGCCACUGUUAAUGCCAAAUUGGCUCUGUUUUAUGAUUGGCUCUUUUUCAAACCAAAUGAUUGUAUAAUGAAUUUGGAACCUGCUUUAUUAGCUAUUAUGAAUCAUCUUAAUCCGCGUUCACAGCUGAUCGCAUUUUCACUUGUUGACUUUUUGAUUAAAAUUGUUGGAACCUAUUAUCCCCCAAUGACUGAAAGAAUCGUUAUGGGUGUUCGUUCUGGUUUGGAGGAAAUGAUUCGUUUAGGUGUUGUGAAAAGCAUCGCUCCUCUAUUCGAGUUUUUACACCGUUCGUCUUCUUUGGAUUUGUUGCGAUCACUUCGUGUUUUGUUGGGUCUUGAGCCUAAUACUACUUUGACAAGUAUAGCAGUCCCACCUGUGGAAAACCCUAGUCGUCCGACACCUGAAAAAUGGCCAGGACCAGGUGAUACCCCAGUGGUGAGCACGAACUUGAGCUCUGUUGCGAAUUCCACGGUUGUUUCUCGCAAUCAAACUACUACAUCUUUAACGGUCACUAGGUCUUUAUCACCAGUCACAUUAAUGACAGAUAGUGGACCACCAACAGACCCUCGUCUGACACGGGGUCACGCUGCUAUUCUCGCUGGGGCUGUCCCCCCAAAUCUAAAUUCUACAUUAACUGAAAAUCUUCCUAAACCUGUUUUAACAACAUCAGAAAUAAUUCCAAGUCUUCAGCCAAGCAUACCAAAUACUUUACAGCAAAAUCCAUUACCAUUUACUAUUUCACAGGAUGACUCAAAAACUUCAAUUAUCCCUGCACGUAAUACGUUGCCUACACUACCAUCUCUACCACGUAGUUCCCAACAAUUAACAGAAGUUCAAAUAACCGACGACUUGGAUAUAAUGGAGAUUAAUAUUUUGGAAAAUAAACCAGCACUCACAAGAACUGCCACCUGGAGCCCACCACCAGUAGAAAGUCGGCGUGUAAUCAAGAAAUCAGUUGACCAUGAACCAGAUACUCCAGAUUCACUGGAGUUCAAAAUUGAUAGUCUCCGGCGUCGAUUUCAAGAUUAUCAAAUUAGAUUUCAUUACUUUGUCGAAUCUGUUGACGUAAAUUCCCUGAUUAAACAACUUGAUGGACCUAUACGGACAGCAUUGGAACAGUUUCGUGAUGUAGCUAAACAAGUUGGCCUAAUACGUAAUUCUUCGAUUGGUUUAUGUGCUUCACAAAAUUUGGAUGAUUUGGAUAAUGGCUGCUAUGAUCAGGAACAAAAUUCCUCCGUAUAUCUUCGCUCUGCGUCUGUUCUUAAUGAUUUGUGCGAGUCAAUGGAGGCUCUCAUUCAAGCGGUACUUGUUGAAGACAGCUUCGAUGAUUUAGAGAUCGCUGGUCGGACAGCAGCUGUUGUAUGCGAAUUACUGUUCUGUUUAUUUGCACAACGUUUGAUGCCUGUUGGAGUUGAGUGGUCUGAAGAACAUUUGGAAGAUUGCUUAGAAUUCCCGGUAUUUAUUCCUUUCCGUCAUCUUUUACAAAUGAAUCCGGGCGAUCCCAAACGUGAAUUGCUCUUAUUAUUGUUAACAGAGAUGCAAACUCGACAACCUCGUCUCGGUUAUCAUUUAUUAUUUUUCCUUAAAGUUAGCAAAGUAAAUGAUGAGAAAAUGUCGAUUUAUCGUAAUUUUUGUGCAAGUCAAGAAAAUCCUAACUUACGAGAUUCUUUAUUCAAGGAUAUGCAAUUGCUGUCUGAUGAUAAUCGUCGCCUGUUCGCGUAUUUACUUCCAGACGUAUUCACUGUGUUUUCAUCAGAACUAUCUAAUGACACGGAAUUUCUUCGAUUAAUUGUUGCUACCAUUGAUCCUGGAAUGUGUAAUUCUCUUAUAAGUGAAAUAGUUCGUGGACAUUUAAAUCUCUUUCCGAAUAACGAUUUGACCAAUAUAUUAAAUGCCAGUCUUGAAUGGAAUUCGAUUGAACAGUUAUUCUUUUGGCAGUUGAUUAAUGCUCAUGAAAUUCCAACUAGUCGAUUUCUACCGUUGAUUCAUUCUGUCGAUUCAUUUAAGCAUCCUGAAGCAUGUUCCAAUUUGAUUCUUCUCCUUAAAUUAGAAAAACCUAGCUUUGAAUUAGUUCGUGCUUUACUAUCUCGUCGUAAUUCAAAUGAUUUACUAUCAAUGACUGCACUGCACUUUUGGAGCUGUCCGGAUAAUCAACAUGCUGGACGUUUCUCAAACAUUUUAUGUUCGUUUAUCAAUGCACCUUUAUCUUCAACAAAUGCAGUUGGUGUAUGUUCAGCUACUAAUAAUCAAAAUAUGAAAGACGUCAAGGAUAAACGCCGCAGUUCUUCAAAACAUCAGCUGCCACCUGAGGAUUGUGUGGACCUAUCACUCAUCCUUACCCACUUGGAUUCUCUUCGAAGAAAUUGUAAAAAUAUAUCACUAUUACAAGAUGAUGAUAUACAAUCAGCUCUUCAAUCUUUAGUGGUAUCGCCUAAAUUAUCUCCAAAUCUUAAAGAUCGUUUCUCUGACUUAUUGGCAUUAGUUGAAGAUCUUCCACCAACAUCUAGUGAUUGUCAUUCACAAAUAUCAGAUUCUUUGUUACGUUGCAAUUCUUCAGUUCAUAUUAAUGGUGAUGUGUAUAAAAGUGACGUUAGAAAAAAUUCAUCUGAUCGAAUAAAACCUACUAGUCAUGGUGGUAGCAAAGGUGGACAUAGUCUUCGUAAUUUAGAUUCACGUCGAGCAGCUGAAGCAGAAAGGCGGCAAGUAGUUUCAACUUACAGUAGUAAUUCAACUUCUUCAAAACGACAUAAUCGAAGCGAUAGUCAGUUGAAUAAUUUUGAUGGUGAUUCUGAUGGUAAUGAAGUUGGUUCUGUGACUAGUGACUCGUCAUCUUGUUCGUCCGAAGAAGAAGAGUCAACAAUCAGCAGAAAAACUAGAAGUGGAGCAAUGCGUUCUGUAGAUAAAUCUACGAAUAAAUUAAAAACAAGUGGAGGCAGACGUGUAAACAGUGAAUUAGCAGUAUCAAAGGAUCGUAAGUCAACAAAUAAACGUUCAACUAGUCGUCAAGAAGUAGAUGAUGAAUCUGUUAAAAGUGAAGAUGAUGAGGAUGAUGAAUAUGAAGAUCGUGUAUUGGAAGUUGUUGUGAUUGAUGAUGAAAGUGGCGAUGAUUCCAAUAGUUCCAGAGCCACUACGUCGCGAGGUAAUAACAAUAGUAAUAAUAAUGAUAAUGAUGAAGUCGAUGACGAUUGCAGAAUACGUCCAUCAAAACGUCGUAAAACAACAAUAAAGCGUUUUAUGUUAGAUGACUAA